GUGCUAUGGAUAUAGAGGAGCGAAAUCGCCAAAUGAAAAUUAACAAAUACAAACAGGUAGCCGGAUCAGAUCCCAGACUGGAACAAGAUUACCAUUUGAAGUAUCGAUCAGGAUGGGAUCCUCAUACAGGGGCAGAUAAUAUUUCCACUAAAUCCUCGGACAGUGAUGUAAGUGACAUAUCUGCGGUUUCAAGGACUAGUAGUGCUUCUCGUUUCAGCAGCACAAGCUACAUGUCUGUCCAGUCAGAGCGGCCAAGAGGAAACAAGAAAAUCAGUUUCAGCCCCCGUGUAGGAGCAUAGAACACAGGCAUCAGUUCAGCCCCCAUUUGCUCCCUUGGGACCCAACAUCAACGUCUUUGCAUCCAAAAUGCAAAGCAGACAGAUGGGUGCGUCAGGGAAGAACAUGACCAAAAGCACGAGCAUCAGUGGAGACAUGUGCUCGCUGGAGAAGAAUGAUGGCAGCCAGUCCGACACUGCAGUGGGCGCUUUGGGUACCAGUGGCAAGAAGCGACGCUCUAGCAUUGGGGCCAAAAUGGUAGCUAUUGUUGGUCUCUCACGGAAAAGUCGCAGUGCUUCUCAGCUCAGCCAAACGGAAGCAGGAGGUAAAAAGCUUCGGAGCACUGUCCAGAGAAGCACAGAGACGGGCCUGGCAGUGGAGAUGAGGAAUUGGAUGACUCGCCAGGCAAGCCGAGAAUCUACAGACGGCAGCAUGAACAGCUAUAGCUCAGAAGGAAAUCUGAUUUUCCCUGGUGUCCGCUUGGCCUCCGACAGCCAGUUCAGUGAUUUCCUUGAUGGCCUUGGCCCUGCUCAGCUCGUAGGACGCCAGACUCUGGCUACUCCUGCAAUGGGUGACAUUCAGGUUGGAAUGAUGGACAAAAAGGGACAGUUGGAGGUGGAAAUCAUUCGGGCCCGUGGUCUUGUUGUAAAACCAGGUUCCAAGACACUGCCAGCACCGUAUGUUAAGGUGUAUCUCUUAGAUAAUGGAGUCUGCAUAGCCAAAAAGAAAACAAAGGUGGCAAGAAAAACGCUGGAACCCCUUUAUCAGCAGCUGUUAUCUUUUGAAGAGAGUCCCCAAGGAAAGGUUUUGCAGAUCAUUGUCUGGGGAGAUUAUGGCCGCAUGGAUCACAAAUCCUUCAUGGGAGUGGCCCAGAUACUUUUAGAUGAACUGGAACUAUCCAAUAUGGUGAUCGGAUGGUUCAAACUUUUCCCCCCUUCCUCCCUAGUAGAUCCAACCUUGGCUCCUCUCACAAGAAGAGCUUCCCAAUCGUCUCUGGAAAGUUCAACUGGACCCUCUUACUCUCGUUCAUAGCAGCUGUAAAACUGUUGUCACAGCAACCAGCGUUACAAAAAAAAAAAAAAAAAAAUCCACAGGUCGCAAACCCUGGUUACACUGCAUGCUUGAUGUUGUGUCUUCUGAGCCCAUCUCUAGGGAUACAAAGCGAUCCUGUGUUCUCAGAGGAAGUUGCACACAUUGUGCCCUAACGAAGGCCCUCAGGUGAAAGAGCUGAGUUAUGAAGAACUAUCAGGUUUGGAGUUUGACACUCAAGUUUUGGUCUAAUCUGAAGCCAUGGAUUAAUCUCAAAGAAUCAGUCAGUUUCAUGCAACAAAAGCCCUUUUCAAUGGCACCUUUAUAUUUUUUAUCAUUUUUCUUCAUUUAUCUGAUUCCAAAGCCCUAUUAUGCCACAGAAAUAGAGCUAUACAGCCAUUAAGCCAUGGUACAGGUCAAGGAGCGAAGUCCUAGGAAGCAUCAGGUGAAAAGCAAGAGACCAAAGACAUGGUUGGGAACAAAACAUCAGCUCCCACACCCCACCCUGGGCGGGGACCCAGCAGGAGAGAGACAGACUGGGCAGCUCCAGCAGGCAUGUCCUUUACUAAUGCCAAGAUGUGUUGGACUCUGAAAAACCAAAUUCUGUGGCAACACUGUACUGAAUGAAAUUAAAGAAACUUUUUGCAUGGACACAGAUUAGCUGAAUACUUAAAUUAUUUUCUUGGGGCUGCAACUUGCAAAAAAAAAAAGAAUAAAAAUCAGCCAUUUUCAACAAUUUAUAUUAUUUUUAAAAAUAAAUUUCACUAGUGCAUGGUUUUAAAAAGGGCAGAGAAUGCAACAGGGUGAUACAAAGACACACCAUGUUUAUUCUUUAAACUAUUCAGUCUGUGUUUUGGCAGACGUUACAAUGGAAAAUACUUUCUAGAAUAUACUUAAAAUUCUCUUUAUGUGACAAUAAGUAUAAUAUAUUCAAUUUAUUUCCAUGUUAAAUACACAAAUCUUAUGUAAUUCAAUGUGUACAAAUUUUUCACCUUUCUUCCUCAAUCUCACGUUUCCUCUUCUCUUUUAAUCUUUCAUUUUCUUUCUCCCAAUCAGAGUGAACCUUCUACUAAAAAAAUUACAAGUUUUUGGUCUGAUACUCUCUUAUAUCCCAUGUUUGAUUCAGAGCUGUAGAUGCAUCUGAAUUUAUGAAUUUCUCAAGGGAAAAUCUAUUUAAGAGCUUUCUUUAUUUCAAGCAUGUUGAAAGGAUUUUGCAACAUGACUGGGAGUACAUUCAAGUAAGUCAGCAUGUAUUUGACAAAGCAGAUAUUUGAACUUUACAAAUUUAUUAUACAGUGCAUGGUAAUUUUUUUCACCUUCAAAAUUCAGUUUACAGGAAAAUCCUAAAAUCAUGUGGCCAUUGUAAUGUCUAAUAACAAAUUUAUUUUUAGCACCAGCAUUAUUCAUACAGGGGUUAAAGUAUUAUUUGUAGAUGGUCUUAGGUUUUGUUUAUUUUUUAAUUAGUUAAAGCAAUUUCUUUGGCGAAUUUCUGUUUACUAUGUGAAUAGAAACACUGCUAAAAAUUGGGAACCCUGAAACACAGGACUGUUUAUUAAUUCAUUUUUCUGUAGGAAACUUCAAUUUUUCACAAAUUAUAUUUCUAAAGGAAUAUAGUAAACAUAAAUUUGCAACAGUUUUAAAGCUCCAGUUUUUAGGUGACUCAAUGAAAGUCAAUAUGCCUGUUACUAGUUCCUUGAUGCUAUCACCAAAAAGUCUACAUGCAAAUUCCCCAAAGUCAGAACCCCUGCCUUCGGUUUUACGGAUAGUUAUUGCCAUUGGGUGAUGCUGCAAGGUCAAAUUUUUCUCAAGUUCCCUAUCAAGAAGAAACAUCACUGGUCAAUGUAAUAAACCACCCAUGCUUUCUGGUUCUUAUGUACACUUUGAUAACACAUUCUUAUGGAUUGGCUUUAAUUUCUUGCUGUAAUUUUUUAAAUUCACUUCCAUCUCAUCUGCUUUAAAUGAAGGCCAUGCACAAAAGUUAUUUUCUUUGUUGUUUUUUUUAAUUUAGUACUAACCAUUGGAAACUAACAUGCUUGAUAUGGUGCAAAAGUUAAAAUGAGUAUCACUAAAAAUGCCUUCUCUUUAUGUGGUGCAAAAUGAAAUACACUAAGACUGUGUCUUGACAUUCUGAGAUCUGUGAUGGACCAGGUAAAGUUGUGACAAGAAUGAAUAAAAUGUUACUGAUAAUUUAGACACCUGUGUACCAGCAACAAUUGAGCUAAUGGACCUAUAGUGUCUAUACAGUCCCUUAGAAUAAGAGUUUGCCAUUUUCCUGAUAUUAAGAUGCAGUCACAUAAUCUUUUCUGCAUAUUCCUAUACAAAUUAUUUCUAACUUUAAUAAGAAGGACAUGACUGUAUGGAAUAUUUGUACAUACUUGUCAUUAUGCAGUAUUUAUUUAAAGGUUGGUGUUUUUUUUUUUAAUUUUCACACAUCUGCACCUCGACUUGUGGUUUAGUCAUGUAAAUAGCACUGUUCCAGUGACCACUGCUGCCCCAUACGUCAUAUGUGUUCACGAAAAGGGAAUUCCAGUUGGGACAAAAAAAAAGGGCAGAUUAGUCCUGUAACAAAUACCAACUACUGUAAAUCAAAUUCAUUCUGGUGACGGUAUUUAACACUUUAAAUAAAACAUUUUCUUUACAGAUGUUGUAUGCAGUACUUUCUCUAACUUGGUUUCUCCCCCACAUCCCCCUAAGCCUGCUGUGUUCAUCCCCUGAACUGCCUUACCAUUUCAAGACUAGGACAACACUUUGCUUUCCUCUCUAUGACAUACAUGGGCUGCUGGUCUUAGCAAGUAACCCUCAAGAGUAUUUGGCAUUUCUUAAGUGCCAAAGGAUCU